UUUCAGCGUCCUCCCGAUGCCACCGUCUACAGACAGCUCGCGGCGGAAUUCGGAAGAGGGCUCAAGCGAUGGAUUUAAAUUGGAUUCGUCGGCGCUUAACAAACCACCAGAAGAAGUUUUCGACAUUGUUGGAAAGCUGGGCGAAGGAUCAUAUGGAAGCGUACAUAAGGCAAUUCACAGAGAGUCAGGUCAUGUGUUAGCCAUCAAAAAAGUGCCAGUGGAUACUGAUCUUCAAGAAAUUAUCAAGGAAAUCAGUAUAAUGCAACAAUGUAAAAGUAAAUAUGUUGUCAAAUACUAUGGAUCGUAUUUCAAACAUUCGGAUCUAUGGAUUGUGAUGGAAUACUGUGGAGCUGGGUCGAUCUCCGAUAUAAUGCGUGCCAGGCGGAAACCGUUAUCCGAACAAGAAAUCAGUGCAGUUUUGCGCGAUACUCUCAAGGGAUUGCAAUAUUUGCAUGACUUGAAGAAGAUUCAUAGAGAUAUAAAGGCUGGAAACAUUCUACUCAAUACCGAUGGAAUUGCAAAGCUUGCGGAUUUCGGUGUCGCUGGACAGUUGACUGAUACAAUGGCAAAAAGAAAUACAGUCAUUGGAACGCCAUUCUGGAUGGCCCCUGAAGUUAUCGAAGAAAUCGGAUAUGACACAAAAGCUGAUAUAUGGUCACUGGGAAUAACAGCUAUCGAAAUGGCAGAGGGACGGCCUCCUUAUUCAGAUAUUCAUCCGAUGCGAGCAAUCUUCAUGAUUCCAACUAAACCACCACCUACGUUUAAAAAACCUGAAGAAUGGUCGUCCGAGUUCAAUGAUUUCAUAAGAAGCUGUUUAAUUAAAAAGCCAGAAGAAAGAAAAACGGCACUCCGAUUGUGUGAGCACACAUUCAUCAAAAAUGCACCAGGUUGCGAUAUUAUGCAGUUGAUGAUCCAGGAUGCUCAAGAAAAAGCUAUACUAGGACAAGCACCAAUGGCAGCAAGCAGCGGAAAUGAUGCAACGUUGCUAAGCGAGGGAAUGUCCACUAUGAUUGACGGUGGAGAGUCUACGUUAGUUCAACACAAAGACAACUAUGUCACUGCUCAAAGUCUUCGAAGUCAAAUGGAAAGCUUGAGAAUUGGUGGAGAAAUUCCUAAAUCGGCAUAUAGCUCGUCGAAAAAUGGCAACUCACCGCGCGUUCAACCACCGGGUCACACCGCAAGCGCUUCAGACCCUUCAAAAAACCAACCGUUUGCUCAAGAUGGAACCGGUCCAAACUUUCAUCCACUAUCUCAACACUUUGUUUUGGUUUUUAUAAUUUAAAAGCCUAGCUAAUAUCCUAAUCUGUUUACCUGAUAUAAUAGUUUUCAAAUUUACCUUCUGGAAAACUUAUAUAUUACUAUACUGUCGAAACGGAUGCCGCACAUCCCUUUGCUGUAAAAAUUGCCGAGUUCCUAA